GAGGCGGAGUCUUGAAAUCACACUGGAUAGCACCUGGAGUAGAUGUUGAAUGAUAUUGGUCUGGAUUUUUAGAAAAGCAUAAACUUAAACGAGUUAGCGUAAUAUGUAGUUUUAAUUCAGGCAUUAUUAUAUGUUAAAGUUUUGUUUUUACGACGUGGUGUCCAGUCUGCAUACGUUUUAACAAGUUGACUAGCUAGGUUAGCUAGCUUGCCAUGCUUUCCGAAGGACAUCUGCGUGACUGAUGGUGGUAGGCGCUCGUUUAUUUAAAGUUGACCAUCCAGUCACAGUAGCUAUAGAGCCAUUUAUGUAUUUUCAUCUUAAGAACAUGGGGACUUGGAAUUUGGCGUGUCAGUGUUCCAGGAUGUUCGUCAACAGUAGACUGUUGAAUUUGGUAUCAGAGUCAGACAUGAGAGUGGGUUGUCACUUUGCGUCCUACCAUUGCGCUAGUGCUCUCCUCUGGCCUAAGGACAGCAGAGCCAAACCAGCAGAGAGGUGGCGACGCAGUGCUAUAACCAGCCCUGGAAUGCGACACAGGCCUGCUGUGUCUGAAGUAGGAAACUACAAAGCCGAAGGUCAGUCUGAAGACAUAAAGGAUGACCCAGAGACUCCAGCCUCCAGAAAUGUCUGGAGGAGAGAGACUUCAGUAUCCCAGGAGAGGAAGCCCAAUGCAGACAGCAGAGUAUCAUCUGAGUUCCAGAGAGGUGCCCCAAUCCAACGGGAGAGGAAAACAAAUACAGACAGCAGAAUGUCAUCUGAGCUCCGGAGGCUCAGCCUGGAUGACUUUCCAGAGGAGGACUCCAGAGAAAGACUGUCCAAAGAAGAACACAGGAAUUAUGAGACAUUGUUUGGUGUGUCUCCCUGUCUCCUGGCUCUCACCCAGGGCAGAAGGAAUGCACACAGGUUGUUUGUGAAGGAGGGUGAGGCCUCUCGUAGGGCCUCCGUACGACAGGUGUGUGAGGAGGCCCAUAGACAGGGUGUGCCGAUCCAGAGGGUUAGUAAGAAUGACCUGAACAAGAUGUGCUCAGGAGGGGUUCACCAGGGCUUAUGCCUACAGGCCAGUUGUUUGGGUUUCCUCACAGAUGACAAGACCUCCAAGCCCCCCAGGGACAGCAGUCACAUCCCCCUCUGGCUAGUCCUAGAUGGAGUGCAGGACCCAAUGAACCUUGGUGCCAUCCUGCGUUCUGCAUAUUUUCUUGGGGUGGACAGAGUUGCUAGCAGUCUUCGUAACAGCUGUCCAUUGACACCAGUUGUGAGUAAGGCCAGCUCGGGUGUAAUGGAGGUCAUGAGAGUGUAUGGCUAUGACAGCCUCACAGAUAUGCUCAAGGUGAAAUUGGCACAAGGCUGGCAGGUUAUUGGCACAGUGGGAGCUGAAGCAGAGAACGCCCAUGUUCCUGUCAUGAAAUGUUCCAAAUUCCAGAUGACCAAACCUACGCUUCUGCUGAUGGGUGGUGAAGGGGAAGGUUUGUCCCGGGAGCUGCGUCUGCAGUGUGAGGUCAUGCUCACCAUCAUACCCCGCAGAGAUCUGCACCCUGGGGUCGAGUCCCUCAAUGUCUCUGUGGCUACAGGCAUCCUGCUGCACUCUCUGUUGUCGUCCCGUAGAGGUGGCCAUUGAUGCCCGACUAAACUACACAACUCAAUGUGUUUACUUUGGAAGCCCUCGCUGGGCUUAAUGACUGGAUUUACUUCAUCAAUUGGCAUUCAGGAUGUCUGAGAGGCCUGGAUGGCUGAUUGAUUGUGCUGAGGCAGCUGAUGUGCCCUGGCUGUGCUGCUCUGCACUGCUUUGGACCGUCAUGCUAGCUACUUUUCUGAAUGUAAACAUAGUAUGAAGUAAUGAAAAUAAAUAAAACCUUGUCUACUCAAA